AUGGCGCCCGGUCCCCGUCGGGUGACCCGCAAGCGUGGGCAGCCUACUGCUGCGGAAUCCGACACUGAACUUGAUACAAACUAUAACUUGACGGACGGCUCUGAGCCUGCACCUAAGCGGCGCAAGCAAAUAACUACUACCCGUGCUAAACGUCCCACUGCGGAGGGGAAAUCGGCGAACAGUCAAGUCAAGAAGAAAAAAACUGGUGGGCUGGCGAAGCUGGCUGAUAUUCCAUUUGAUAUACUUGCGGAGAUAUUUUCGUUGCUUCAUCCUCUGGAUGUCUUGCACUUGUCGCGCGCGAAUAAGUUCCUGAGGACUACGCUCAUGAGCCGCAGUUCGGCCUUCAUCUGGAAGGCAUCACUUGCCACUCUUGCAGCACUAGAACUACCGCCAUGCCCCAAGGACCUCACGGAGCCACAGUACAUCCGUCUGAUGUUCGAAUAUAGCUGCACUUUCUGCAAUGGACCUACGUUGGAUCACGGCCAGUGGGGGCUCAGAGUUAGGUCCUGCAGGUCAUGCUUGAAACAUCGUGUUAUUAGCGAGUGGGACGCUGAGUGUUUAUUGCCGCAUGACUUCCGUGACACGGGUCUGCCACUUUCUCAGAUUGCACCACGCCUAGAACUUCCCAACGCUAAUAAGCUUUUGAAGUGCGGCACUUGGUAUCUCAAGUCAGACGUUCUGGCUCUAGCAGAAACGUUGAAGGACGUACUUCACGAUGAAGCGAAGUUUCACGCCUUCCUUCGCGAUAGAUUGUUGUCUAUUGCUAUUAUCAACAUGCAUGCUCAUCAAAUGGCAAUCUGGCAACGUGACUAUGGUCAUGAGCGGGAGGUGGACGCCAUAAGAGAUCGGCGAAAGAACGCAAUCCUCGACAAACUCAAGAAGAUGGGCUAUGAAGACACCGUCGAGAAGAUGUCUGAUGGCGAUGAUAUGGAAUUUGCAUCACAUCCACUAGUCAAGCCAGCUAAAGAUCUUACUGAUCGGAUGUGGGCGAAUAUGCGGGACCAAAUGGUCGAAUUUAUGGAGAAGAUGAAAGCCCGCUGCCUCGCGCGCGAUUGGAGGGCCAACAUCCUCCCUAAGCGUCUGCCGCUGUUGAGGAAAGUGCUCAAAGAGUACUAUCUGUCACAGGGUGAAAACGAUAUCCUCCCAUCAAUGGCGGAUUUCUGUUUUAUGAAAGAAUUUCUGGACGUGAUCGAUGCCCCGAAGGAUGUCGAGGUCACCGAAGCAUCAUUCUCCGACGUCGUGGCUCGCCUUCCAGAACUAUCCGAUGUUUGGCGGGAACAAGCGUUUGAGAAGAUCCGCGCACUCCUUCCGACCAGCGUUGUCGAGCAGAAUCACAGCCCUCACGACGUCCUUGCUCUGGCAACAACUCUCUUUUCCUGCGAAGAUGGGCAGUGUGCGAACGUGAUGACCUACGAUCGGUUACUUGUGCAUGAGUGUUUGACCGAGCGCCCGUAUUGGUGGCGAGGAGAAGGGCCGGAGCUACCAGGAAUCAACCCCGAAACAUGCUGCGAGGAACUGAAAGGGAUACCAUGGGGGAGCUACAAAUUUGAAGCUGUAUCAUUCAGCGAGGUGGGUUCGCAGCAUGCGCGACGUAUAGUGGAGCUGUGCGGCAGAGACCCGGAUACAACCACUGCGGAGGAAAUGGACAAACUAGACGCACGACUAAACUGCCUGUCGUGUUCCUCACUCAAAAGAGCGGGUCUGACCUGGCGACAAGCCGUAAGUUCCAGCAUCUGUCCAAUUUGGAUCAAACUCACCUCUCCGCCUAGGUGGCGCAUGCCGUACGAAACCCACGACGUCACCCUCACUCCGUAG